CUGGCCUCAUGAAUAAUGAAUACGCCGGAGCCCGUCCGCGGGCGGGGCAGGAAUGAGGGAGGCGGGGGUGCGGCGGCGCGCCUGCGCAGGAGCCGCCCGUGUCGGCAGCUGCGGCGGGUCGCGCGGCUCCGGCCCAUCUCGGGGGGCGGGCGGACGGGGGAGGUGAGGCGCGCGAGCAGAGCGCAGGGCACGAUGUCCGACACGGGCGGCGGGAAGAAGCCGCCUGUGGAGCCGCAGGCGGGGCCGGGCCCGGGGCGCGCAGCUGGGGAACGGGGCCUGCCGGGCUCCUUCCCUCUGGUCCUGAAGAAGCUGAUGGAGAACCCCCCGCGCGAGGCGCGCCUCGAUAAGGAGAAGGGGAAGGAAAAGCUGGAGGAGGACGAGGCAGCAGCAGCCAGUACCAUGGCUGUCUCAGCCUCCCUCAUGCCACCUAUCUGGGACAAGACCAUCCCCUACGACGGCGAGUCUUUCCAUCUGGAGUACAUGGACCUGGACGAAUUCCUGCUGGAGAAUGGCAUCCCUGCCAGUCCCACUCAACUGGCCCAGAACCUGUUGCUGCCUGUGGCUGAGCUAGAAGGAAAAGAGUCCGCCAGCUCUUCCACAGCAUCCCCACCAUCCUCCUCCACUGCCAUCUUUCAGCCUUCCGAAACCGUAUCCAGCACAGAAUCUUCCCUGGAAAAGGAGAGGGAGACUCCCAGUCCCAUUGACCCCAACUGUGUGGAGGUAGAUGUGAACUUCAACCCUGAUCCUGCUGACCUGGUCCUCUCCAGUGUGCCAGGUGGGGAGCUCUUCAACCCUCGGAAGCACAAGUUUGCAGAGGAAGACCUGAAACCCCAGCCCAUGAUCAAAAAGGCCAAGAAGGUCUUUGUCCCUGAUGAGCAGAAGGAUGAAAAAUACUGGACAAGACGCAAGAAGAACAAUGUGGCAGCUAAACGGUCACGAGAUGCCAGACGCCUGAAGGAAAACCAGAUCACUAUCCGUGCGGCCUUCCUGGAGAAGGAGAAUACAGCCCUUCGGACGGAGGUAGCAGAGCUACGCAAGGAGGUGGGCAAGUGCAAGACCAUCGUGUCCAAGUAUGAGACCAAGUAUGGGCCCUUGUAACCCGUGCCCCGCCCAGGCUGGGCACUGCCUGCCCCUUAGACCUCUGCCUGGGGGCUCCGUGAACCCCACACAUGCGUGGAGACUUAGGACUCGUCCUGGGCGCAUAGUGGUGCACCUGCUCCAGGAGCGUUCACGUCUCAGCUUCAUUAUAACAUGGCCAGCGCACGUGGCAACUUCCCAGGGGGGCCAGCCUCCUCACUGACAGGGAGCAUGAGAGAAUCUACGUGGAUGGGUGAAUCGGCCUAAGUUUCUGUUCUUGGAUGUCCUGGCUGAAUCGGAAGGGGACUUCUGGAAUACACAUCUCCUUUCACAGGGCGCUCAGGCUUCCUUCGACUCUCCCUCGGUCUCCAGCCUGGGCUGCCGAGGGCUGCCUCUGCAGAAUGAGUCGUGAUCAUUGUCACCGUUACGUCUUCUCAGGUAGCCCGUGGAUUUCCACUUGGUGUGUGUCUGUCAUGCACCUCACCCUCCCCAGAAAGUCUGUGAGAAAGACCAUUCCCAUCUCCCUUGGAGGUAGAAGGGCAUACUAGCUCCUCUGUUAGCGUAUGCAGGGUGCCAGGCCACAGGAAUGGUCUCCGCAGUCUGGGAUGGGGUUGGGGCCUGGGGCGUGCAGCAGAAGUGCACUCAGCUGUUCUUAGUCCUCACCACCCUUUUCUCUUAGGGCUUUAAGGCUUGAGGACUGGAUGCCAGAGAGGAGGCCCUGGGGACUGGCUCCAUCUAUUUGCUGUGGAGGAGACUCCCUGGUGACUAGUCUUUGGGCCAUCAUUGCGGGGAGAGGCCUUUUCACCUCCUCCUCCUCCAGGCCAGUCCUGGAGGCCACCUGACUCUCUUGUUUGUCCCACUAGACAGGCCUCUGGGCCUGCUGUUUCUGUUCACUUGGUAACCAUUGUCUUGGAUUUAAAAGAAUUCCCCCUCUCACCUGGGAAGCUUUACCUUCCUGGACCUAAGGUGUAGUUUCCGCAUGGUGUUUAGAAAACUGGCCCCUAUAGCACCUUACACUGUGGGCUUGAGAGCUGGGGCUUAUUUCUUGUGAAGCUCCAUUUUUUUCUUGCUCUGCUCACCAGUGUGGCCCAGGCCAGAGUCCACUGUCCCUGAGGGCAGAAGAGGUCCUCCCAGUUCUUGCGUCAGGAUUCCUCCUGUGUGAGCUAUCCAGAGGGCGUUAGCAGGGCAGAGCACCUAGCCAGGAAUCACCAAGGUACCAGUGCAUUUCCCAUGGGAUGGCAGGCUCUUGGGACAUUUGCAUGGACCUCAAGUCCCCUCAGUCUUGGGCCUAAGAGUUGGGCCACCUGCACAAGCCUGACCAUGGUGUGGAACCAUUCUCGCAGCUAUGACUUCCUCUGCCUCGCAGCUGCUCCUUUCUCUUCUGUCUGCCUGGACUUAUCCUUUUGCUCUGCCCAGAAGAUGAACUGAGGAAAUUUGUGGAACCCUCUGCUCAUUUGGGUCAGUUUGGGCACCCUCAAGAUGGCUGUUUAUUUGCUCAGGGCGGGCAACCUGUGUGAAGAGGAGACAGGUGACGGGUGCACUUUGUCAUACUUAACACUGGCUUUAUUUACAGUGGUGGCUCCGCGUCCUGGGCCUGACCUCUAAAGACUUUUCAAAACAGAUGUUAAAACUGGGGAAGCCGUCUACUGGCUGUGGACUGCACCCAGGGGACCCUCUAGGGAUCUGCACACUCGCCUCUUCGGGGGACUCGACAAAGGUCCCUGAGGCCAAGGGAGGUCUCCCCUCCCAUAGGCCCCUGACAUUUACUUUGUGGUUCUAUAAAAACCAUGUGCACACUUUCACUCUGUUGUGACCACACAGGGCAGUUGCAUCCAGCAUGUCAGUGUCCUGCCCCGGCAGCUCACCUGCCCGCCCGGCGCUCUCCCUCUGGGCUGGCUGCUCACCCAGAGGGCAGUUCUUCAUUUUGUUAUUGAUGGAUGAGCCUUGAGCUGAAAAGCUCUUCAUUUUCUUUGGCUAGAAAAGUGUAAGGUUUGUGUUUUUUCAGUUUU